AUGGGGUACGGGCAGGUCCUCCCUCACGCCGCCUCCGAGGGCCUGGUGCGUCUGAACGUGGGGGGGGUGCGUCAUGCUGUGGACCCCCAGACCCUCCUCAGGUUCCCUCACACUCGUCUGGGGCGUCUGCUGCGGUGCCAGAGCGAGGCCGCGGUGCUGGAGCUCUGUGACGACUACAGCGACCCCGAGAGAGAGUUCUACUUUGACCGGAACCCGCAGGUUUUCCUUUGCGUCCUGAAUUUCUACCGCACUGGUCACAUCCACACCAUGGAGGAGCUCUGCGUCUUCUCCUUCAGCCAAGAGAUCGAGUACUGGGGCAUCUGCGAGUUCAGCAUCGGCAACUGCUGCAGCAACUGGUACCAUGAGAGGAAGGAGAACCAGGAGGACCGACACUGGGACUGCUACAGUGACGACCAGGCCCCGCCCAGCUUCGACUCUUCUAUGGAGGAGCUUUCUGCGCUGGACGAGGACCUGGUCAAGUUCAAGGGCGCCUGGUGCAGCGAGCUCCGCAGCUACAUCUGGCUGCGUCUGGAAGACCCCACCCACUCCCGCUCCUCCAAGAUCCUCGCCGUGGUCUCCCUGAGCGUGGUCCUCACCUCCAUCGUGGCCAUGUGCGUCCACAGCAUGCCCGACUACCAACAGCACGACAAGAACGACAAACCCAUCGAAGACCCCGUGCUGACGCUGCUCGAGGGCAUCUGCAUCGCGUUCUUCUCCGUGGAGUUUGUGGUUCGCCUCGUGGUUGCGCCGUCUCUGUGCAGGUUCCUCGCCAAACCCCUGAACAUCAUCGACGUGGCCUCCAUCCUGCCCUUCUACGCCACGCUCGCCCUGGAGACCGCCGAUGAGGAGAACGAGGACCUCCAGAACGUGGGGAAAGUAGUCCAGGUUCUUCGGCUGAUGAGGGUCCUGCGCAUCCUCAAGCUAGCGAGGCACUCGGUCGGGCUUCGAGCUCUGGGCGCCACCAUCCGCCACAGCUUCGAGGAGGUGGGUCUGCUCCUGCUGUUCCUCUCGGUGGGGAUCUCCAUCUUCUCCGCGCUCAUCUACUUCGCGGAGAAAGAGGACCAGGACACAGACUUGGGGACCAUCCCUUCAGGCUGGUGGUGGGCCACGAUCACCAUGACCACUGUUGGAUACGGAGAUACCUGCCCAGUGACGGUCGCAGGGAAAAUAAUUGCAACUUUAUGCAUUAUCUGUGGCUUGCUAGUCUUGGCUUUACCCAUCUCCAUCAUAUUCAACAAGUUUUCAAAGUACUAUCAAAGGAGCAAAGCCAUGGAGAGCCAGGGCAUCGAGAAACCGGAGAGGAAGGACCCUGAGCUCCCGUACUAUAGCAUCCGAGACCUGUUCAGUGAGAACUUGUACCCCUUUCUUGGGGGCCUCGCCUACAGAGGCAGUGUGAGCAGCAAAGGAGACACAGAUGCCUCCAGUCUGAAGGACAUGGAGAUGAGUGAGAAGGACAUGGAGAUGAGUGAGAAGGACAUGGAGAUGAGUGAGAAGGACAUGGAGAUGAGUGAGAAGGACAUGGAGAUGAGUGAGAAGGACAUGGAGAUGAGUGAGAAGGACAUGGAGAUGAGAGAGAAGGACAUGGAGAUGAGUGAGAAGGACAUGGAGAUGAGUGAGAAGGACAUGGAGAUGAGUGAGAAGGACAUGGAGAUGAGUGAGAAGGACAUGGAGAUGAGAGAGAAGGACUUCUGGGAGAAAGGGCCCAGAGGAUUGUGA